AUGGAGCAACAACAACAACAACAACAACAACGUGAUGGUAGUGGUGAUGUGUUGAAUAAGACAGAGGUUGUUGGAUUGAUGGAGGGCUAUGCCUCUCCAGCUUCAUUCACAUCUUCAUUUCAGGAUGGCUCAAAUGGUUUUAACCGCGAUAAUGGUCUGAUUGAGGGCGUGCAGUUGGAGAGAUUCCUGCACCUCUACAAAGAGGUCCUAAAGCAUACAGACUACUACACCAACCUCGAUGGUAAUGGUGACGAUGACGACAAGGAGAUGGAGAAGGACAAGAAGAAGGACAAGGCUGAUGACGACGAGGACAAGCCAUCAAACAAAUUCCUAUCCCUCCGAUCGUCCAUACCAAUGUCGCACUCGAAUGCAUUGUUGCACAUGCGACAGAUACUCUGGAAGAACCCAGUGUCUUUCCUGCCCGACCGAAUGCAGGACUCCUCGUCCUCGACCUCCACCACCACAUCGUCUGCAUCCACCGCGCCGUCAUCCACCCAGUCCAAGGAGGACGGCGCCUCGCCUGCCCCACGCAGUGACUCGGACGCCUCGUCGCCAGUCAGCCAGCAGGCACUCGACACGAUCAAGUCAUCCGAGCUGUUCUUCCAGUUUCUGUUUGGUCUGCUCGGCGACAAGAGCGACGUCAUUCGUCAGAGGGGCUUCCAACUGCUUCAGGACUACUUCCACAACGUAAAGCCAGGAUCACUGUAUUCGUUCUCGGCACAGCUCAUCAAGACAUCGGUCGAUCUCCUCAUCAACAUCAUUCAGCAUUCCAACAACAACGACCUCGAGCACUUGGUGGCGUCGUCCGCUCUCGUGUCAUUGGUAAUUGGACGCAAUCAUCCAACCCUCACUCUCAACAUUGUAAAGUUCAUCUUGACAUCCAAAUAUCAAUCAUUUUUGCCAGCCAACCUAAAAAAGUACGACGAGAGUUACUUGCCUUUGGAACGAUUCGACUUCCGUCAGAGUAUCGUGUUUGAAAGCAAGGACAAGGCCGCCGAGGUCACCACUGUCUACUCUAUGGCCACCAAUGGACCUUUUGUAUUUGUUCACUGCAACCUCGGUCUGCUCAAGCUGGCAUUGACCAACAGCCAGCAGUAUACUGUCGUUCAAUGGAAGAAGGACUAUCACACACGUCCAUGCACCGCAGAUGAUGAUGGCGAGGGCUCUUCCUCCUCGUCGACUGCCGCUGCACAUUCAUCUUCAUCAUCGUCAUCAGCGAGCAAGUCGUGGAUCAUCAUAUUCGACGACACUAUAUACUUUAGGAGUCUGGACAUGUCGACGGGUUUUAUCGCCCAGCUGAAUAUCUCCUCAUUCGAGGAGACCUAUGUGAGCGUGGAGCGCGGCGACGUGGCUCUCGGUGCACGUCCCUAUACGCUGUUUGCCGACGCACAGGCCCAGCGCAUUGGCGUGAUAGAGAUGGUGGAGGACCAGUCGUCCGUGUUCCCACAGACAAGACUGCGAUACCUGCGUCUCUCGGACGAGGGCCAUUUCGAGCAAGAUGGCGUCUCGGUACCAAUCAACCUGUACAAUACCACCAACACAUUGCAGCCGAUCAACGCAUCGAUCAUCAGUGAGAAGGAAGAUCCCAAGAUCAUCGCAGCGUUGACCUCCUUCCAAAUCGCCAAGAUCUACUCAUCAGCUCGCGGAGGACUCUUCUUUUUGACCAAGGACAACAACCUAUUCUUUAUUGGCAAGAAUGAUAUACUAACUGCAGAGAGUGAGCCAUUGCUACUGAGCUUCAGUGAUCAGACAAAGAAGGUGUCCAAGGUGAUUAGUAUAGACCCUGUGUUGUUGGUCAUUGACGAUAGUGGACUCUUCCACAAGCUGGCCCCAAUUUCAUCCUCCAACGCAGCCAACUUUAGCGAGUUGGGCUUGGCAAAGACGGAGAGCGACGACAAGAAGACGGACCAGAUCUUUGUUGGCGGUGUGCUCGUCAACAAAGACUUGUACGCACUAAACGACGCUGGCAACGUCAUCAAGUACCCGGGCAUGGCACCCACGACUGGACAUGCCAAAAUCACUGAGGAUCUCAAGAUUAAGUCGAUCGCCGCCACCGAGUCUGGAUUCGACGAUGAUGCCAUCACGCCCAAGGUCUACCUGGUUAAAGAGUCUGGCGAAGCUGUCUCAUUGGACAGCUUGGACAGUCCCGAGCCCCUGUCCGAUAUCACAGGCAACACAUUACACUUGCAAGCGGCCUACUCCUCGGUGUUUGUGGUCACUGACACUGGUAUUUACGCCAAAGGUAACAACUUGUUUGGCCAGCUUGGAACGGGCCACUACAAGAACACCAAGGAAUUCACCAAGAUCACCGCGCCCUUUGACACAUCGGCCGUCACAAAGAUCGAGAUUGGCCUCACCUAUAUUGUGGUGAUGGCUCGCGUCGGCCUCUCCAACCAGCUCUACUACUCGGGUAAUAUCAAGGGUUUGAAGCAGGUCUGCAACUUCACAUUGUACGCAGGCUUUGGCGAGGUGGACACACUGCACGAGCGAGAGGAGAUGAUCAUGGACGUCAGCGGCGGUGAGUACGGCUUCAUCGUGCUGAAGCAAACGAUAAACACCAACGCCAAGACUCUGAGGAAAUCACUGCCCAGUGUCAAAGCGAUCAGCGAUGAGCGUGGAUUCCUCGGAGUAUUCCUACCGGGCAACGCCUACCAGCUCUAUCACAACGGCACCAAGUCGCUCGACCUGGUUACUGCCUCCACCAUCAACCCGACGCCACGCCCCUUCCACCUGUCCAAGAACUCGAGCUUUGAGUUCGACACUGCCACCCAACGCCUCAUUUUCAUCGCCAACCAAGAGCGUCCAAGCGUGCCAUUCAACCCACGCGUACAGCUCGUUAGCCCAAGAGACAAGGUCGACAACUUGGUCUUGGUCAAUGCGUUGCUCGAUGCCCUCGACCAGGAUGGCAAGCCAUCGCACCGCGUGAUCAAGGUACCCUCGCCACAGACUGACUAUAUCAAGUCGAAGCCCAAGAUCACAUUCACGAUCGCCAAGCAACAGAUGAAGGAGGGUAAGAUGAUGCGAGUGUCCACCUCGUUCCUCCGUGUGGAUCGUCCAGUGUUGCUCUGGGGUCUCGUCCUCCCAAGCCUCAAGGAGAACACUGAGGUCAACGUCGUCAUAGAGUCUGGCGAUGGCACCCAGCGCCACAACCAAAAGUUUGUCACAACGGACCCCAAGCUCGACCUGGACCAGGCGUUCGAGCUGCGCACGGGCAUCCAGUACAAGUUCAAUAUCUUCUCAAACAACAUCAAGUUCGUUCUGCCCAGCACAGCCUACACUAUAAUCAACGUUUCCAAUGUCAACUUUGACUUCCGCACACCAGUGGAGUACAGCCAGGUGUCACAGAUGCUCUAUGGUCUGUCUUUCACCGAGCUGUCCAGCGCCUCGAUGACCUUUGUCUCGCCUGCACUGCCCGAGGUCACCCUGACACACGACGCCACUCUCGACCUGUUCGACUCGGUAGAGACUAUGUGGGACCAGUUCGCUGGCAGUAUCUCAAUGAAUCGCUCACUGCAGAAUGGCGCCAAGGACAAGGUGAACGACGUGCUCUCAUACCUUGAGCAGCCACUCACCCGAGCACUCUCUUUGCUGGGCAGGAAUAUCAAGACAUUGUUGGAGGACCCUGUCAACUGCAGCCGAGUGAUUGGCUUCAUUCACAGUACUUUCAGACAUGAGUCGCUGUUCAAGCACGUGGCCUCGGACCACGCCUUCUUCCUCAGCGUAAUGAAGCAGAUGAACAAGUUGUUCUGCCAGAGCUUCACAAUGGUCUACAACACGCCCAACCUCCAGGUGAGCGCAAUCCACAUGUUGUACUUCCUAAUCAAGUAUGGCGGCGCUACCGAGCUCGACGGCGCGCCAUACAUCCUCACCGCACUGCUCCAGUCGAUGUUUGAACUGGACGUCAAGUCGCUGCUGAGCAUCCCCGUUGAGGACGAUGCAUUCUCACGCGAGAACAUCGACCCAGCCUUGGUCUAUUUCUACGACCACGUCCAAACGAUCAUCUAUCGCUGCAAGACCUCCAACAAGAAGCUGGGCAAGCAGAAGGCCCAGGCCAGCGACGACAUCCUGCCGCUGUUCUCUGAGGUGCUCAUGUCAAUCUGCUCCGAUCGCCCACAGCAGCUCAUCACAGACGCGCUGUCUGCCGAGCCCAGCUCCAACAACCAGCUGCUGGACGACUACAAGUCCAAGUCGAUUGAGCUCAUUAAGAAGAUCUGGUCGUCUUCGCUGAUCACCAAGUCUGAGGAGCAGAAUGCCCACCAGCCCAAGGUGUUCAACGUGUCGCGUUUCAACAGCGUCAGCUCGUCGUGGUCGUACGAUGAGAUGGUCGACGCCAUCUCGUUCAAGACGGACCGCGAAAUCUACGUCACGGGUGUCGGUCUCUAUGGUGACAAGGGCACUUACACGGCCAAGGUCGGCUUCACGCCCGGCUUGAACGCGCCAAUGAUGUACCAGACGGCCACCACCUGGACCAACAAGACCAACAAACAUAUCCAGCGCAUUGACUUCACCGAGCCGUUCCAGCUGCGUGCUGGCGACUACGUUUCGAUCUACACCAAGAUCUCUGGCCCUUCAUCGUCCAGUGGCUACAAGGGCAAGGACAGCGUCAAUGCCGAGGGUGUCAACUUCAAGUUCUCGACGACGCAUAUCACCAACGGUACGGACAACGGAACGUCUGUGCAGAGUGGCCAGAUCCCCGUCAUCUACUUCCAGUUUGAGACUAGUCCCAAGACAACGGACAUCAACAACAAUAUGAUCGAGGGCACACGCGAGGUCUCCAAGAUGGUGCUGGACCGCUCGCUCGUCAUCCUUCGCGAGCUGUUCAACUCUUGCCAACACCUUGCGCAGUUUGACAACACACCCCUGCAGCAGUCUAUCAAGAACGACUACUUCCUGCAGUCCCUGCUGCCAUUUAUCGUGGACUCAUACGCCAACACUGGCAAGGCUGAGGAAGCCCCCGCACGUAUGAAGCGUCUUCUCGAGUUCCUCGAGUGCACCACCAAGAUCAACCAUGCAUUCCAGCCACGCCACCCGGCCGCUCUGCCCUACGAGGGCAAGCACACGAUCAAGAUGGAGAGCAGCCACCCCUACGAGGAGUGCGCCAAGCAGACCAACAUUGUCGAGUUCCCCAAGAGCGUCAAGUGGAUGGUGAUCCAGUUCGACCCGCGCUCCAUCACCAGCCAGCAGACCGACAAGCUGCAGAUCUGGCUGAACGGCGAGUACAACAGCACGAUUACCAAGAACGGAUUCUCCAUGAAGAACUACCCCGCCACAGCCUUCAUUGUGCCAGGCAACCGCCUGAUCUUUGACUUCCAGACCGCAUCCAACCCACAGAACAUUGCUAUCGACCGCUUUGGAUACAUGGCCAACAUCACAGGCUACGAAGUGAUCGACAUGGAUGACGACUACCCUCUGAGCAAGCUGGAGCGUCAGGUCUCAUUCUACAUCGCCCAGAUCUCUAGUCGCCAGUUCUUUGAGAACAUCCAGGUGGCCGCACAGCCCGCCGCAAAGAAGGGCAAGAAAGAUGACGACAAGAAAGAGGAGAAGGCCAAGAAGGCCAAGGUCCCCAAGAAGGCCAGGGCGCGUCGCAAUGGAUGGGACGAAGACGAGUCAGACUCGGAAAAAUCAUCGGACGAAGACAAGGUCGUCGACGCCGAAGAGAAGGAGGACGAAGUGGAUGACGAAGAGGACUCAAUCAACAACAUCGACAAGUUUGAGGAGGAGCUCGACAUAUCCAACAUCAAGGUCGACCACGCCGCCCCAUCCGAGAAGUCGGUGCAAGUGCAGCGCUCAGAGAAACUCUUCUCUAUCGUAUGGGGCAAGGUUGCCGAUCAGCUGGAGGCCAACCCCAAGCACAGCUACGGCGUGAGCAACCCUCUUCUGCUCGACUUUAUCAACGAGAAGAGUGGCACAGUUGGCGAUGAGCUCAGCACCUUUUUCAAGACAGUCGGCAUGGAGCUCUUUGGCAAGCCUCAAAACGCGGCCGAUGCCAAGGACGCCAAGAAGGACGACAAGAAGAAGGACAAGAAGGACAAGAAGGCUGAGCACAAGGACAAGGAUGACAAGAAGGACAAGGCCAAGAACAAGGACAAAGAAGACGCCAACAAGGACGAGAACAACAACAACAACAAUGCCGAUGCCAAGGACGCUGAUAAGGCCGAGUCCAAGCAGAAGAAGAUCGAAGAGAAAUUCAAGGACUUCCCCAUCAGCAUUGACGAUCUCCAGUCCAUUGGCGACAAGCUUCGUCUCCGCCGUCUCGCUCUGUUGGUGCGACGCAAGAAGCGCAUGGCCAAGUUCAUCAAAGAGCAAAAGGCCAACAACAAGAACGACAAUGAUGAUUCGGAUGAAGACGAAUACUCCGACUCGUCAGACUCUGAAUCCGACUCUGAGUCCUCCGAGCCAGAGGAGGGCGAGCUCAGCGCCGGUUCCGACUGGGACGACUCUAUGCUCACCGACGACGACGAGAAGAAGACCGACAAUGAGGCAUCCUCAUCCUCAGUUAUCCCAGAGGAUGCGGCCAAGCCAGCAGAGGAGAAGGUCAAGGUCUCAGAGGUCCCAGAAAAGGAGGAGGAUGACGGUGAAGACGAUGGUGAGGACGAUGAGGAUGACGAUGACAAGCCAGAACCAUCAGCUGAUAUUGAUGUUGCUGAGAAGGUUGAGGACGAGGCCAAGAAUGACGACAAGGAUGAAGAGGAUGUUCCCGUUGAUGCCGCACAACUUCCCGCAUCCAACCUCAAGGAGAACAUCUCAACAUACAUCGACUAUGUUGGUUGGUCCAUCAUCACCAAGAAGCUGUUUGUCGAGAUACUCAGACUGAACAAUGCCGAGUCCGACUUUGCCACGGUGAUCAACACUCUGAAGAACCAAAAGAAGUCAUUUGCCGAUUGCAAGGAGAACGACCAGUUCAAGCCCUACCUUGAGCUGUGGCGCAAUAUCCAGCGACGUCUGAACAAGUGGUCGUUGCGCCAGGUGGUCGACUUUGAAGAGUUUGACGGAUUGAUGGGCAUGUUUGGAGACGAACCCUUUGAGACCAGCGAGUCCGACUCCAGAAAGAAGGUGUUGCCCAUUGAGAAGUUUGACUACCUCUUUGACUUCAUCGCCACCCUCGCCCCAGCCUCCCGCGCCGGCUCCAGCGGCAGCUCAUCAUCACAACCAGCUGCAUCAGAUGCUGGUGGCUCCAGUUCCUCCCCCUCCGACAGCGUAGGACGUUCACUCAACUACAGCUUUGAGGACUUUAUGCACUCCUCCAACAUCAACACAAGCACCUACAACCUGUUGCAGUACAAGAGCAACAAGAAGGCAUCUUCCUCGGCAGGCUCGGGCAAGGGUGACGCAGAGAAUGGCGUGGUCAACAGAUCACCGAUCAGCGUAGGACUGCUGUCCCUCUUCCUGGACGAGUUCACCAAGAUCAACUUCCAGGAGAUCAUCGAGACGACCAACGCUAAGAAUCAGUCCAAGAUUGACUCGAUCAAGAUGUGGUCGCGCCUCAUUGAAAUGAUCCAGGUGCCGUCUGCACUUGAGAACGUCGUGUGGAUGAUGGCCACGACCCUGCACUCGAACCAGGCGUCCAAGGACCUGCUGCCAGCCGACUGGCAGGGCAGCGUGGCGCAGAACCUCGCCGUAUCCAGCUGUAUCAACCACCGCUACAGGAAGGAGUUCAUCCAACACUUCCACACGCUCCUCGAGACACUCUCCAAGCGUAUCAAGCACGGCCACUACUCUGACGCCAUCAUCCUCAAUGCCCUGUCCUGUUUCUCCAUCCACCUGCUGCCCGAGGACAUCGCCUUUGUCCAGACCAGUGAGAUCUUCCCACUUAUCUCCAAGAUUCUGUCUGAGCUGCAUAGCAAUGAUAACAAGUCGAUCCCAUCCACGCCAAAGUCCAAGGGCAAGGAGCGUCUGUCGCCACAGGAGCUCGAGUUGAUUGAGCAUUCGUCCACAUCCCUGUCCAUUGCCUCAUCGCCCAACGUCUUUGACAACACCAGCGACAUUGUCGUUCCCGUCCAGAACUCAUCGUUUGUCAACAUUGCCAACAAGUGCAAGGUCGUGCUGUCCAAGUCGCCCGAGAUGAUGGCGUCGCUGUUUGAUGACUCUACGCUCAGUUUCUGGGAGGCCUCCCAAAAGGGUACGAUCACCGUCACGAUUGAGAAGGUGACGCCCGUCCAGGAGAUCUGUCUCUACAUUGACAACACAGACGCUGAGUACCUGAUCUUCACUGUUAAGAUCAGAGCCGGCCUCAACAGCAGCCACAGCGACAUCACCAAGGUCCACGAGAUUGGCCACAACUUUGUUGGCUGGAAGGUGAUCCCAUUGGAGGGCGCACUCGUCAGCAACAUUUUGAUCUCCUUCACAGGUUUCGAAUCGAUCCGUGUCCGCCAGCUCAAGAUCAUGGUCCCAGACAAGCAGGAGUUACUGCCAGUGGCACCAUCUGCCAAAUUCGACGCCACCCUGGCCCUGCUCAAGUUGCUCACCUUCCAGAUCUUUGGCAUCAACGCCAACGUCAACAACAACAUCUCCAAGGAUCUCAAGAACCAGGUCGUAGGCCUUCUGUCAUCCACCGGUGUCUCAAAGAUCCAGAAGCAGAUCUUCUCGCUCAUCUCUUCAGAGGUGCAAAAGGAGAUCCAGCAUCUCGAGGGCAUCGGCUGGCAGACCAUCAAGGAGAUGCCAAAGAAGGACUCGUACCUCUAUGAGCUGCUCACUACCCUCUCCACUCUGCUCGAGUCAGAGGAGGGCAAGUCAUUCAUCCCUUCCAAGUCGUCCAUCUUUGCCCUGCUGCCACUGAUCCACAAGGGUGCCGACCGCAUCCAACACCUGUGCAUCAACAUCUGCAAGAGGAUGCUAGUCAACCUCAAGCCCGCACUGUUUGCCGAGUUUAUCCAAGACCUACCCACUGCUUCACAGGCAAUCUCUUCAUUCGCUCAGUAUCUGUUGUUGGUGAUCGCCAAGCCAAUCAACGUCCAGGUCAAGGGCGCAUCCAACACACUCAAGCAAGUGUACACCAUCGACACGAUGAUCCCAUCAAUGGUCGAGGGUGACUUCCCAUUGGAGAAUGGCAAGGAGUUGUUGGUGCUGGUCAAGGAGCUCAUCUCAAAGUCCGAGUCGUGGCGCCAAGUGAUGGAGACUGAGAUUGUCAACUGUAUCCUGUCCAUGAGGAAUGCCGCAACAAUGCCAGUCAACACCUACUUGGUCACACCAACAUUCUGGGCUGCACUGUCUGGCCUGCUCAUCGCCUUUGACAACCAAAAGAUCGUGACCUCGAUCAACUCUUCCAACAUCAACUCUGAGAGCAAGAUCAAGACUUGCCAGAACCAUGACGACGGUGUCACUGAGGCACAGUCCACAUGCAGCAUCUGUCAGAUGAACCUUUGCCAAGAGUGUGACCGUGUCAUUCACAUGCCCAAGUCCAAGCGCGACCAUCAACGCUCACCACUGCUCAACGAUGUCAUCACCAUUGAGAUUCAUGAGUCGUGUGUUCGUCUCAAGCUCUCCACCACCUUGUUUGUCCUGGACAAUGAGAAGCAAAAGGCCAUUAUCCAGACUAUCAACCUGUCCAGCUCCGAGACAUGUCGUUUCUGUCACAGCAAGCUGGACCUUGAGAACCUCAUCCCCAAGCACGGUAUCUCCAAUGUGUGUUCAAACGCUGACUGCAGGGAGAAGGCCCCAAGGAACUGUACCAAGGUACACCCAUGUGGACACUACUGUUAUGGUGUGCGCGAUGAGGAGGAGUGCCUGCCCUGUCUUCACGGUUGCAAGAGACCAGAGAAUGCAGCGCCCCUCACAAGAAACUUCAAGGUCACACAAGACGCCGACGACUUUUGUCUGGUGUGCUGGACUGAGUGUCUGUCAGAGGCCCCAUCCAUCCAACUGGACUGUGGACAUGUGUUCCAUCACACAUGUAUCAAGCACUUGCUCGAGGCCAGAUGGGUUGGAGCAAGAAUCACACUCAGAUUCUCCAAGUGCCCAAUCUGUAAGGUGUCAAUCCAGCAUCCAACACUCAAGGCUCUGACCUCAGUCAUUGAGCACAUUGGCAGUGAGAUCAUCCGCAAGGGCAAACUCAGGAUCGACUUCCUUGGCAUCCAGAAGGACCCAAUGCUGCUCCCAGGUGGUUCGUAUGAGAACAACAUGGAGGGAUACAUCAUGGAACAGUUUGCAUACUACCUGUGCUUCAAAUGCAAGCAACCAUACUUUGGAGGCUCGAACCAAUGUGCUGCCAACAUGGCAUCGCCAGAGAAGUUCAACCCAGAGGAGCUCAUUUGUGGAGGCUGUUCCUCCGACGAUGUACUGCCAAUCUGUCCCAAGCACGGCAAGGACUAUUUGGAGUUCAAGUGUAGAUAUUGCUGCUCUGUUGCCAUUUGGUACUGUUUCGGAACACAUCACUUCUGCGAGACCUGUCACAACAAGCACACUGAGCUCACUAGUCGAUCCAGCCACCCUCCAUGUCCUGUGGGUCCAGGAGGUAUCGAGUUGCCAGGUGACGAGUGUCCACUCCACAUUGAACAUGCCAAGACUGGUACCGAGUUUGCACUUGGAUGUGGCAUCUGUAGAAAUGUCAGAGAGUUCUAA